AUGGUCACACUGGUGUCUGUGAGCUGGUGGUCCGAGCAGCCUGGGUGUGGCUGCCGUGUCGUUCCUGAACCAGGUCGCUACGCCUCAGCGGAGUGUGCUGGGGAGGAGAAGCGGGUGGGGACACGCACCGUGGUGGUCGGGCGCCGCCCCGUUUCGGACACUGAGGUGUAUGUGGCACAGAAAUUCUGCAACAACAGGAUCAUCUCCUCUAAGUACACCCUCUGGAAUUUCCUCCCGAAGAACCUUUUUGAGCAGUUUAGAAGAAUUGCCAACUUCUACUUCCUUAUCAUCUUCCUUGUGCAGGUGAUAGUAGACACCCCAACCAGCCCGGUGACCAGUGGCCUCCCACUCUUCUUUGUCAUCACUGUCACAGCUAUCAAACAGGGGUACGAGGACUGGUUGAGGCACAGAGCUGACAACGAAGUGAACAAAAGCAACAUCUUUGUUGUCGAAAAUGCAAAGCAAGUGCGGAAAGAGAGUGAAAAAAUCAAGGUUGGAGACGUAGUAGAAGUGAAAGCAGAUGAGACCUUCCCCUGUGACUUGAUAUUUUUGGCCUCCAGCAGCAGUGAUGGGAUCUGUUAUGUCACUACAGCAAGCCUUGACGGCGAGUCCAAUUUCAAGACUCACUAUGCGGUGCGGGACACCACUACGCUCUGCACUGAUGAAGCCAUCGACACUCUCACGGCCACAAUCGAGUGUGAACAGCCACAGCCUGACUUCUACAAAUUUGUUGGAAGAAUUAUCAUCUACAAAAGUAACCAAGAGCCUGUAGCCAGGUCUUUGGGUCCUGAAAACCUGUUGUUGAAAGGUGCUACCCUCAAAAAUACCAAGAAGAUUUAUGGAGUUGCAGUCUAUACUGGAAUGGAAACAAAAAUGGCUCUGAACUACCAAGGGAAAUCUCAGAAAAGGUCUGCAGUAGAAAAAUCAAUCAACACUUUCUUGAUAGUGUAUUUGUGCAUCUUAUUGGGCAAGGCCACUGUAUGCACGACUCUGAAAUACAUCUGGCAGAGUAAUCCAUUUAAUGAUGAACCUUGGUACAAUGAAAAGACUAAAAAAGAGAGAGAGACGUUCAAGGUCUUGCGGAUGUUCACGGACUUCCUGUCGUUUAUGGUCCUCUUCAAUUUUAUUAUCCCUGUCUCCAUGUACGUUACAGUAGAGAUGCAGAAGUUCUUGGGCUCCUUCUUCAUCUCCUGGGACAAGGAGAUGUAUGAUGAAGAAAUACAAGAGGGGGCACUGGUGAACACCUCGGACCUGAAUGAAGAGCUUGGGCAGGUGGAGUUCGUGUUCACAGACAAAACCGGGACGCUGACAGAGAACAGCAUGGAGUUCAUCGAGUGCUGCAUAGAUGGGCAUAAGUACAAAGACCGCAUUUCAGAGGCGGAUGGCUUCUCCCAGACUGAUGGACCCCUCAAGUACUGUGGCAAAGCUGAAAAGAGCUGUGAGGAGCUGUUCCUGAGAGCCCUCUGCCUGUGCCACACAGUUCAGAUCAAGGAAGCAGACCAGGUGGAUGGGCUGAUGGCACACCCAGAACGCAAAUACACCUAUAUCUCCUCUUCCCCAGAUGAAAUUGCUUUGGUGAAAGGCGCAGAAAAGUACCAACUUCUCCAUGUGUUGAACUUUGACCCUGUCCGGCGCCGUAUGAGUGUCAUUGUGAGAACCACCACAGGAAAGUUGCUUCUCUUCUGUAAAGGAGCAGACUCCUCUAUUUUUCCAAGGGUGCAGCAAGAAGAAAUCCAGCAAACAAAAGUCCAUGUGGACUGUAAUGCUAUGGAUGGCUACCGAACACUCUGUGUGGCCUUCAAAGAACUAACUGAAAAGGAGUAUGACAAAAUUGACAGACAGCUCAAUGAAGCCAAGAUGGCUCUGCAGGACAGGGAGGAGAAGAUGGCCAAGGUUUUUGAUGACACAGAAGCAGACACGCACUUGAUUGGGGCUACUGCUGUAGAAGACAGGCUGCAGGAGCAGCUGGCAGAAACCAUCGAAGCCCUGCACACAGCUGGCAUGAAGGUUUGGGUGCUGACAGGAGACAAGAUGGAAACUGCCAAAUCCACCUGCUAUGCCUGCAGGCUCUUCCAGACCAACACCGAACUGCUGGAGCUGACAGCAAGAACGGUGGGCGAGAGUGAAAGGAAGGAGGAUCAGCUCCAUGAGCUGCUGCUGGAGUACCACAAAAUGCUGAUGCAGGAUGUUCCCAAAAACUGGGGAGGCCUGAAGAGAAGCUGGACGUUGAGUCAAGAAUAUGGACUGAUUAUCGAUGGCUCGACGCUGUCGCUGAUACUCAACCCUUCUCAGGACUAUGGCUCUAGCAAUUACAAAAGCAUAUUCCUACAGAUCUGCCUGAAGUGCACUGCAGUCCUUUGCUGCCGGAUGGCUCCGCUGCAGAAAGCACAGAUUGUGCGAAUGGUGAAGAACACAAAAGGAAGCCCGAUAACCCUCUCCAUAGGGGAUGGUGCCAAUGAUGUCAGUAUGAUUUUGGAAGCACGUGUUGGAAUAGGGAUAAAAGGCAAAGAAGGACGCCAGGCUUCCAGAAACAGUGACUGUGCUGUGCCAAAGUUUAAACAUUUAAGAAAACUGCUACUAGCGCAUGGGCAUUUAUAUUAUGUGAGAAUAGCACACCUUGUACAGUAUUUCUUCUAUAAGAACCUUUGCUUCAUUUUACCACAGUUUUUAUACCAGUUCUUUUGUGGAUUCUCACAGCAGCCACUGUAUGAUGCUGCUUAUCUGACCAUGUACAACAUCUGCUUCACAUCACUGCCUAUCCUGGCUUACAGCCUCCUGGAGCAGCACAUCAGCAUCGACACGCUGACCUCAGACCCUCAGCUCUACAUGAAGGUGUCGGAUAAUGCAAUGCUGCAGUGGAGGCCGUUCCUGUACUGGACCUUUCUGGGCACCUUUGAAGGACUUGUGUUUUUCUUUGGGGUUUAUUUUCUUUUUCAAAGUUCAUCGUUGGAAGAUAAUGGAAAGGUGUUUGGAAACUGGACCUUUGGGAUGAUUGUUUUCACUGUGCUGGUGUUCACUGUCACUCUCAAGCUAGCAUUAGAUACCCGAUUCUGGACAUGGAUGAACCACUUUGUGAUUUGGGGCUCCCUUGCUUUCUAUGUGUUUUUCUCAUUCUUUUGGGGAGGAGUCAUUUGGCCUUUCUUGAAGCAGCAAAGAAUGUAUUUUGUAUUUGCUCAUAUGCUGACUUCUGUUUCCACAUGGCUGGCAGUAAUUCUCCUGAUCUUUAUCAGCCUUUUCCCAGAAAUUCUUCUAAUAGUUUUAAAAAAUAUAAAAGAGAAAAAUCAUCAGGCUGGCCCCUUUGAUCUGCCUGUGUUAGUGUCAUACAAAUGUAUAGAGAAUGGUUAUGUGAAGGCUGAAGAUGCUGUUACUAAUUUGGCAGAAAGAUAUCCUCUCAGGAUACCUUAAAGUGCUCCACACAAACACUGCGUAUUGAUUGUCAUGCUGUAGGAAACCCAUGGUUUUAACCUGGCAGUGACCUUUGAUAGUACCAAAGACUGUAAGCAGCCAUGCUGAUAGAGCAGCCAGGGCACUGGCCCCACAGUACCUGUUAGUCUUUGGUCUUGUGGCUUCCCUGCCCUCCCAGAUAAACCAAUUUGGCCAAAUCCUACAUCAUUGAAGGCUGAGAAAGCAUCUUUAGGAAUUCACCCAAAACAGCAUGGAUCGAAGUGCAAGAGUGCAGUGCCAGCCCCAUUUCACAUGGGGGCUUCCUCUGCCUGCUGCAGAUCUGUCCGAGAGCAGCAGAGCUGCUCAAAGCUCGUGCUCUGCCUGACCAAAGAAGUAGCACAGACUUCAACCCAAUAAUAUUCCCCUCCAGCCACCUGAAGGUACUGGGAAGAGGCUGCUCUCCUCACACACAAGGCGGAUACAGCCCUGGAGCCUCUCUUGCCUGGCAGCUGCCCCCUCUCAGCCAUGAGUUCCCAGAUGCACAUGGCAGGAUCAGCUGAAAAUUCAGGAGAAAUCUUUGCUGCUCCCUCCUCCAGGUGUAGCUGGAAACAGUCUGUAGUCUGUCCACAGCAGUGGUGUCCAUGUGAAGACCUGCAGUGCUGGGAAGUGCCAGAGCAUCCUGCCACAACCACUUUGCUGAUGGGUUUAUUCCUGCUGGAGGGUGAAGAGAAGGUUGUUUUGUAGCUGUUUGUGAUAGAAGGAAACUUUCAUGGGGGAGAAAGGAAUCCCAAAAGUUGGGCUGUGUCAGCCUCUGAGCCCCAGUGCCCAGGAUCGUAUGGCUGUGCUUACAUUACUGCACUGUGCAGUUGCUCCAACACUUUAAAGGCCUGAGGGACAGUGUAGUCCUUGGCUGAUCCUGGGGACAUGGGUUGUGCCUGUGAACCUGCAGGUGUAUAAAACUGCAUCUUGAGUUAUUUGCACUAAGAAGAAAGAUGACAGCUUAAAAUUGAAUACGUGAACCUGAUUUCAUUUUACAUUUUAUUUGUUUUUUUAAAUUGGCAUGUUCUUUUUAAAUCUACCUGUACCAUGGUCAUAGGAACUUUCCUCUUUAGGUUCUGCACAGCAAAGGUGAGAUGCCUGACUCUCAAUAUAUAUUUUUUUUCUCUGAUACUUCAUAUGUGGAAAGAGCAGCUUUUUUUGUUGUGUGAAGUCAUAAGCAGUGACAGAGCAGCCUGUGUGCUGCCGAUUGGUGUGACAGACCCUCCCUUGUGCUGAUGUCCCCAGAGGAACUACUGUGAGAAGCUUUGAGGCUUAUUUCAGAAGCAGCAAGCUCUGCACUGCCGCUGGGUUUGGCUCCCACUCGCUCAAGCUUUGUCAUGUGUAUACAACAAAAGAAUUUGGGACUAGACAGAACAGUCCCCUCACCAAAUUUUGUUGAACCGCAGACUACUAAUUUUUGGAAGAAUCAAGUCUUGCUCUCUGGCUGCCAUCCCUGAGGUUCGUCUUCGACUGGUGCAGAUCAGCUGCUGGCAAAUUCGUGCAUCAUGAGGACUUCGGAUGGGCCUUACCUGAGUGGGAGAGGGGAGUGCACAGUUCCUGUGGCUGCUCUGCCAUCACCCAGCACAGGAGGGGACGGAUGGACAGGACCACUGUAUUAUGCACUCUGCGCUGGCCUCAACACAAGUGGUGUCUGCACCCUGUCAGUGAGCGCAGCUCAGCUCCUUGCUGCAUGCAAGUCAAGAGCUUCACUGCCAGCAUGUGUCCCAUGGGCAAAAGUUUCAUUUUCUUCUUUUUUUAAAUUUUUUUUCUGUUUUCCUAGCUAAUUUCACAGACCUGGAAUUCAACUUGCAGACCUUGUCCUGUUCUCAACUUUUCUUGCUGAAAUGUGGUGCCUACACAUCAAGUAUAUGAUGAAUACAAUGAAGAUAUGCUCUAUAUGCCAAAUCUAACCAUUCUCCAUAAAUAUACGGUUGCUGACUUGUGUUUACAUAACCUUUUAAAAAUGGGCGCUAAAAUGCCUAAUUCCUUUGAUUCAAAACCAUUCCAAGCCCGAAUGGUCCCAAGCCUGACACCUGACUUCUCAGAUUGUUUUGUGUCAUGCUCUACUCCAAGGGUCAAAGUCUGUUCCCCUGGAAUUCCAUUGGUGAUAUCAGUGGGAACAGUGAAACUUGACGUGUGUGUGAACUGUUCAAAUAGUCAAGUCAACAGGAUGAUUUCUGCUGCCUGUCUCAAGACAGAGCCUUCUGAGAACCAAAUCUUUCUCUUGGCAUUUCCAAGUGUCCUGACUCCAGCUGGAACAAGCCAUUGCAAUAGCCGUAUGUUCAAACCCAAGGUGUGCAUGCUGACAGGUGGAGUGGAAUUCAUGUGGAAUGUCUUGAAUAGCAGUUCUUUUGAGAAAAUGCAAUUUUUCUUGGGCUUGGAUCUUCAGAUAGUGCUCUGGUGUAGUGCUGGGUGCCAGGACAGCCAGGCUGCCCUGGUCCUGCAGAAGAGCUGGUCCUUGUCACUCAGCAACGGCAGAAAAAAAAUUCCUGUUGCUGUGGGUGACUUGUGAAAUGAGGGGAAACAGGAGACCCCUUUUGAGGUUAGAGAGGGGAAGUAGUGGUGGUAGGGGCUGUAAGGUGUAAGGCAGCAGGAUUGGAGAGGCAGUAGUGGGACAGCAGUGCUGUGGUGGGUGCUCUGUUCCCUGAUGCCACCACACUCGCGGUGUUCAUCAGGUAGAGUAAAAGGUCAGUACAAGCUUUUUGGUGGAGAAACUUGAAGGAAAAAAGGCUGGGGUUUUCUCAUAAUAAUUUGUUGAAGUUUUAUCACUGAGUAGUGACACUGAAAGGUAAGGAAAGUAAUUAAGAUUCCCUCUAAAACUUAUGUGAUAACAGUUGAGCUUGGUGUAGUCAUAGCAACUUUUCAAAAACUAAUCCUAAUGGUUACGAGAAUAUUAUAAAUGACUUGGAAUUGCAUAAAAGCUUCAAAUUGAAUUUGUAUGCACACAGUUGAAAAACUUUCCUAAUACUGCACCUUUUGUCCAAUCAGCUAUGAUUUUUAAAAAAAAAAUGUGUAGUGUAUAGAAAAUGUAAAUUAUAUGCAGGCAAUGAGCAGAUACAUUUUCAGCUUCUUGCAAAGAAAAAGGACUGCAACCUUACAUUUUUUUCACUUAAAUGCAAUUUUAUACAUUUAUGUUGCUUUAUAUCAAGGAAAUUGAAUGUGAAUGUUACCUUUUAUGAAUGCAACUUGCUCUUUUUUCAUUACAGAAACUUUUGUUUAAAAUAAUCAGUAAACUUUGGUAUGUUGUUCUGAUUAAUAUAUAUUUGUUGUUUGUCUCAUCUCCUUGGAUACUCCUAGGGGGUAGUUGAUUGUUUGGGCUUUUCCAGGGCAGUACUAGGGGGAAAAUCAGCAUUUUCACUGGGGGGUAGGUACCAGCAAGGCCAUGCUUGGUUGUCUGGUGUGGAGCAGCAUUUGUCUAAGGAAAUACUGCUUGCUUCUCAUACAUUUUUAUUUUUCCAGCAGUGUAUUAGCAAUUGCUGGCAUCAACUGCUGCACAUAGCUGGCCUGUGUGCUCUCGUCUCAUUUCCCUUUAAACGAAUGCUUAAUUAAGAAAGUGAAUCCUGUGAAUUAAGUUAAUAAAUUGAUUUAACUUUCUAGAAUAGGUGAACCCAGGGCUUCAGCUGACAUUUAGGAACUAGCUGAGAAAAGUGUAGGUCCAUGUGCCUGAUUUCCAUUCACAAAGUGUUUUCCUUACUGCUUUGUUUUGGUUCUUGGUUCUGUGUCAUGGCUGCCUGUAAUAAAAGAAGUAUUUUUUAGUUCAAAGCCUCGAAGUACACAAAUGAGGUUUGCAAAAUGCCUGGUGCUGGUGAGGUUCAGGCCCAAUAUUUGCAUUGAUGAAAUUCCAACAACACAAGGAAAGUGCUGAAGCACGACUCGCAAUGUGUGUAUAAUGCACAAGAAAAAUAUAUAGACUUAACUUUCUUUUUAAGGACACGGGUCUGUUUCAAACUGAAAUGUUUGUAAUGAGAAACUGUCAAUUUGAAAAAUUCUGUUUUGGCUGCUUUGAUCCCUGCAACUCCCAUCAGGCACCACAGGACAGAUGGCUAAGCUAUUUAAAACAAACUCUAACCUUUCCAAAGCAGCUUGUACUAUUGGAAACCAGAUACAUGCAUUGAGAAUCUUAAUAGCGCCAGUGAGUGAUUGUGAAAAUGGCCUGAAAAGCUGGAGAGGAUUUUACUCUGAGCUGGCUACCCAGGCUGACAGGACAAAAGCUGUAAAUGUUAAGCGAUGGGAGAUGACCGCAAGUCACCAAGUAUUUCAGAAAGCACCAAAAUUAGCACUUAAAACACCCAUGUAGCACUUCUUGUAAGAAAGGAGAAGUAAUGUCAUGUUGGAAGGUGAUUUUUAACAAGGACAGCAAUUUUUUUAAGGUCAGGCUGUUGGCGUGUGAGGGCUCUUGGCACGGGGAGAGGUCAUGGUGUCCAUGUCCCUCGCUGUCCCCCUGCAGCUGUUGCAGGACAUGCAUCCACAGCAUUCUCGCUGCUGGAAUUGGGCUUUGCUUCUUAAAUUUCCACACAUCUGGGGCUAACCUGCUAAGCUGGAAAAUACACAGUGGCCUGGAGAAGGGGUGCGUAUGUGCACCUGUGAGAGUUCCUGUCCAAAACCAGGAGCUGUAACAACAAAUAAGGCAGGUCUGACUAAUGCAGGGGGAAAGUGAGAGUGGGAGAACAGAGUGGAGCCCCUUUUUUUUUCACAUUCAAGUAGGAGACAUGAAAUCCUCCUGAUUAAAUCUAUGCAGGUGUGGCUGGCCAGGAUUUCUGCCAGGCUAUGGAGGAUCUGCUCCACUUGGAUCAGCUUGGAAAGACCCACACUGGGCAGUACCCCUGGAAUGAGGGCGAUGCUGCUGUCUGCACAAGAAAUCCUCCUAAAAUCCCUAUUCAUGAAAACCAACCAUGUUGCUGUUGUAUUAGGGGUGGCUGAAUGAGCGACAGAGACUCUAAUCUUCUUAGAAGGCAUAAAGCACAUUUAUUAGAGAGCACACCUUUUUAUAGACUAUUCGAUACAGCUGGACAUGAUUGGUCCUUUAAUUAACACCCCUCACCAUCAUUGGCUAAUUAGAAAUGACACCCUUUUGUAAACAUCUUGCAAAUCAACAAGUGUAAACACCAGGUGUAAGGAUUGUUUUGAAUUCCUUCACUGAGCUUUCUCACAACUCCCCAGACCAGUGUAUGGGAGUUGACUUUCUCUCUUACAGGCCUUGCCACUGUCUGAUGCUUGAAAAUUUCUCUCUGACCAGGCUGUCAGCAUCCACAAUCCCUCCUUUUUGUUUUAAAGCAAAAGGCAGCAUUUGUAAUCCCCUGCAGGGCCCUUCGCAGAAAGGAGAACAAACACAGCACAAGAGGUCCCUGUAGUAACUUGCCAGGUACUAAACAGAACCUCAAUCAGACACUGACUUAGAGCAGUCAGGGAGAUUCUCUAGCACAUACCAUCGAAUUCUUCACAAUCACGUCUAUGCACCAACAUCAAGUCUUGCUGUUCAUUCUUGCAAGGAGCCAGUUACUAAUUUUAACACAGUAACAAAACAUUGUUAGUCUGCUCAAAGAACUGGCAGUCUAACUUGUCAACACUCACUACUCCAGAAACAAAAGAAGAGAUAGAAUGCUCAUUCUCUACUUGUAGAAGGGUGUCCUGGUUUGGGACAAAUUCGGGAGAAAACCCCUGUAUAGGAUCCCUCUAAGGAAGCAAACCCACGUGGCUCCUCCCUUCAACUGGUCUGGAAAAAAAAACAGAGGAGUAGGGGAUGAGGCUCUUCAGCCUCUUCUUUCCUUCUUCUCUUUUGAGUCAGUUACAUCACUUUUGGAGAAGGUUCAGCGUCUCCUGAAUGUUAAAGGCCCCACGUUGGGCGCCAGUUAGAAAUAUGUCCUGGUUUGGGACAAAUUCGGGAGAAAACCCCUGUAUAGGAUCCCUCUAAGGAAGCAAACCCACGUGGCUCCUCCCUCCAACUGGUCCGGAAAAAAAACCAAAACCCUCUUUGGAGAAAAGUGGAAAAAACUAUUUUACUAAACAAAUGAAGUGCAUACAAGUAUAAAGAAUGAAUAGUGUGAAACAAUAAAACCUCUCUUUCUGAAGUGAGAUGGCAAACUGAGAAAGUCCUUGCCGUGGGUGUAGCUCGGCUCUCUCUCAGCGUCUCCAGUCCCAGUCCCUCCGGCGCUGCUGGAAAAUGCCGAGGUCCAGGCCCCGGUGGGCCGCAGGUGCAGCCCCCAGUGCUCCCCUGGGUUUUCAGUCUAGAGCAGGUUUAAACAGUUCCAAGAAAAAGGAAAAAAAACAGUCCAGGGAAAUUCUCUGCCCUAGCUAGCUGAAACUAACUAAAAGCAAAGAAAAAAAAAUCUCUGUCCUGCAGUCUCUCUAAGCCUCCGCCGGACACGCCGUCCGCAGAAGAAUGUGGAGGAGUCGGGCAGUUUUCUCAAAACAAACUCCGCGCUUCUCCUUGCUCUUAGAACCAGUCUUAAAGGCACAGGACUCAAUAUACAGCACAAACAGAACAGACGAUUGGGGAUACAGGCAUCAUAAAGUUACCCUAAGACAAAGGGCCAUCCUAUUGAUGAUCAGCAUCCUCAUCAUCAUUCGAAGGUUGCCUGUUGGCCCCAUUCUGCUUUCGGUGUCGCAAGUCAGGGUGGAUGCACCUUGCAGGUAUUCACCGUACCCCAGUAUCUGUGUGUCGUGGGUUGGCACAGUUUAGUUUUUAGUUAUGGAGAAAUGUGGAAUAUAUUUUCGGGUCAGGACCUGGGAACUGCUUUAGAAAGGACAGGGACCUAUCAGAAGGUUAGUUGGGAUAUUGGCAUCUGUUUUGACCACUGAGAAUGUCAAUUGCGAGUUUGGGAUGUGCCCAUAUUAAAAAACCUGAUUUCCUGCAGGUCAGCCCUUUUCCCUUUGGCCAGAGACAAGUAACAUAGAGUUGGGCCUGUUGCUCCUCCCCCCUUUGGGGGGAAGCUGGCCCAAGGCCUAGGUGGAUU